AGGGCGAGCUGGGAACCAGUGACCGCUCGCUUCCUCCAGGCUGUGUCCCCUUCCUGACGGGAAAAGGAGGACGGCACUGGGCUGGCUCCUCGCCUCCGGACCUCGGGCCGCGGCUGGAGCUGGCGCAGCGCCGGGGCGCUCCGGCGGGGAAAGGCGGCGGGCUGGCAGCACCGCUCCUCCCUGGCCGCACCAUGACAGAGGAAAGCAAAGGGGAAGGCAAGGGGGAAAGCGGGAAGGACUUGGAGAAGCAGCUUCGCCUGCGCGUCUGCGUGCUCAACGAGCUGCUCAAGACCGAGCGGGACUACGUGGGCACUCUGGAGUUCCUGGUGUCGGCUUUCCUUCACCGAAUGAUCCAAUGUGCUACAGCCAAAGUGGAUAAAAAUGUCACAGAAGAGACGGUUAAGAUGUUGUUUUCAAAUAUUGAAGAUAUUCUUGCAGUUCACAAAAACUUCCUGUCCCUGGUGGAGGAGUGCUUACAGCCAGAACCUAAUGCGCAGCAUGAAGUUGGAACCUGCUUUCUUCAUUAUAAAGAGAAAUUCCGUAUCUAUGAUGAAUACUGCAGUAACCACGAGAAGGCACAGAAAGUUCUGCUUGACCUUAACAAAAUAAGAACAGUGCGGACGUUUCUUUUGAAUUGCAUGCUCCUUGGAGGACGCAAAAACACAGAUGUACCAUUGGAGGGAUAUCUAGUAACGCCGAUACAGAGAAUAUGCAAGUAUCCCCUUCUUUUGAAGGAGUUACUGAAGCGGACUCCAAGGAAGCACAGUGACUAUGCGGCACUAAUGGAAGCCCUCCAGGCCAUGAAAGCUGUCUGUUCCAACAUAAAUGAGGCCAAGAGACAAAUGGAAAAAUUAGAGUUUUUGGAAGAAUGGCAGUCUCAUGUUGAAGGAUGGGAGGGGUCCAACAUCACAGACACAUGCACAGAGAUGUUGCGAAGUGGACUACUACUGAAAAUUUCAGCAGGAAAUAUCCAAGAAAGGAUAUUUUUUCUUUUUGAUAACCUUUUGGUCUACUGCAAAAAAAAGCACAGGCGAUUGAAGAACAGCAAAGCAUCUACAGAUGGCCACCGCUACCUUUUUCGGGGCAGAAUAAACACAGAAGUGAUGGAAGUAGAGAAUGUAGAUGACGGAACAGCUGACUAUCACAGCAGCGGCCACACUGUUAUUAAUGGCUGGAAGAUCCACAACACAGCAAAGAACAAAUGGUUUGUGUGCAUGGCAAAAACCCCUGAAGAGAAGCAAGAAUGGCUGGAAGCUAUUUUGAAAGAGCGAGAGAGAAGAAAAGGUUUAAAAUUGGGCAUGGAACAGGACACUUGGGUGAUGAUCUCUGAGCAAGGAGAAAGACUGUACAAAAUGAUGUGCAAACAAGGGAAUCUCAUCAAAGACCGGAAGAGGAAAUUAACGACUUUCCCCAAAUGCUUUCUUGGAAGUGAAUUUGUGUCCUGGUUGUUAGAAAUUGGAGAGAUACACAAAUCUGAAGAAGGUGUUCAUCUUGGGCAAGCUUUAUUAGAGAAUGGCAUUAUCCAUCAUGUUACAGAUAAGCACCAAUUCAAACCAGAACACAUGCUGUACAGAUUCCGAUAUGAUGAUGGAACAUACUACCCCAGAAAUGAGAUGCAGGACGUGAUCUCUAAGGGUGUGCGACUGUACUGUCGCCUUCACAGUCUGUUUACCCCAGUAAUUAGGGAUAAAGAUUAUCACUUGAGAACCUACAAAUCUGUGGUCAUGGCUAACAAACUCAUAGACUGGUUGAUUGCACAGGGGGAUUGCCGGACAAGGGAGGAAGCUAUGAUAUUCGGCGUAGCUCUUUGUGAUAACGGGUUUAUGCACCAUGUAUUAGAGAAAAGCGAAUUUAAAGAUGAACCGCUACUGUUCCGUUUUUAUGCGGAUGAAGAAAUGGAAGGGUCAAAUAUGAAGCACCGACUUAUGAAACAUGAUCUGAAGGUAGUGGAAAAUGUCAUAGCCAAGUCAUUACUGAUUAAAUCUAAUGAAGGCACCUAUGGUUUUGGUUUAGAAGAUAAAAAUAAGGUGCCAAUUAUUAAAGUGGUGGAGAAAGGAUCAAAUGCUGAGAUGGCAGGCUUGGAAGUUGGGAAAAAAAUCUUUGCCAUUAACGGUGACCUGGUUUUUCUGCGACCCUUCAGUGAAGUGGAUUGCUUCCUGAAAGCCUGUUUAAACAGCAGAAAGCCCCUGCGGGUUCUUGUGAGCACUAAACCACGGGAGACAGUGAAGAUUCCUGAUUCUGCAGAUGGACUUGGAUUCCAAAUCCGGGGCUUUGGCCCAUCAGUUGUCCAUGCCGUUGGGAGAGGAACAGUGGCAGCUGCAGCAGGUCUCCACCCUGGCCAAUGCAUAAUCAAAGUGAAUGGAAUUAAUGUCAGCAAAGAGACUCAUGCAAGUGUUAUUGCUCAUGUCACGGCAUGCAGGAAGUACAGGCGGCCAAUGCAGCAAGAUUCUAUACAGUGGGUUUACAACAGCAUUGAAAGUGCACAGGAAGAUCUUCAGAAAACAAACGCCAAGCCCUCAGGAGAUGAUGGAGGUGAUGCCUUUGACUGCAAAGUGGAAGAGGUAAUUGACAAGUUUAACACUAUGGCAAUAAUCGAUGGGAAGAAAGAUCACGUGAAUCUGACUGUAGACAAUGUUCAUUUGGAGUAUGGAGUGGUUUACGAAUAUGACAGCACAGCUGGAAUAAAAUGCCACGUGUUAGAAAAAAUGAUUGAACCAAAGGGAUUUUUCAGCUUGACUGCAAAGAUUCUUGAAGCACUGGCGAAAAGCGAUGAACACUUUGUGCAGAAUUGCAACAGCCUCAAUUCCUUAAAUGAAGUGAUCCCCACUGAGCUUCAAAGUAAAUUCAGUGUCAUUUGCAGUGAGAAAAUUGAGCAUAUCUACCGAAGAAUCUCUAGCUAUAAAAAGUUUUCAAGAGUAUUAAAAAACAGAGCUUGGCCUACCUUCAAACAAGCUAAGUCAAAGAUUUCACCACUUCACAGCAGUGAUUUCUGUCCAACCAAUUGCCAUAUCAAUGUGAUGGAAGUGUCUUACCCUAAAACCUCAACUUCCCUUGGCAGUGCCUUUGGUGUACAGUUAGACAGCAGAAAACAUUCCUCACAUGAAAAAGAAAAUAAAAACACUGAUCAAGGUAAACUGAAUCCCAUGAUUUAUGUCCAACAUACCAUUACUACUAUGGCUGCCCCUUCAGGACAGUCUCUUGGUCAGCAAGAGGGCCGUGGUCUGAGGUACCUCUUAAAAGAAGAGGAUUUAGAAACACAAGAUGUCUAUCAAAAACUGCUGUUCAAAUUACAGGCUGCACUGAGAGAGGUGGAAACAUGUGUCUGUCAAAUAGACGACCUUCUUUCUUCAAUAACAUACUCUCCCAAAUCAGAACGUAAAACGCCUGAGCCUUUAGUACCAGCAGACAGUGAUAACGAAAAGGGGGAAAGGAAUGGGAAAAAAGUCUGUUUCAGUGUGACAGGUGAUGAACAAGAAGAUUCCGGUCAUGAUACCAUCAGCAACAGGGAUUCUUACAGCGAUUGCAACAGCAAUAGGAACUCCAUUGCCUCGUUCACCAGCAUUUGUAGCAGUCAGUGCAGUUCUUAUUUUCACAGUGAUGAAAUGGAUUCAGGUGAUGAGCUUCCCAUAAGUGUUCGAAUCUCCCAUGAUAAACAGGACAAGCUCCAUAGCUGUUUGGAGCAUCUUUUUGGUCAAGUUGAUUCAAUUGUCAAUCUUCUGAAGGGACCAGCUGUGAUGAGGGCCUUUGAGCAGACAAAAUACUUUACACCGGGUCGAGGCCUCCAAGAAUUUCAACAGGAAAUGGAACCGAAGCUGAACUGUCCAAAGAGGCUACGACUCCACAUCAAGCAAGACCCUUGGAACCUCCCCAGCGGUGUCCGGAGUCUUGCCCAGAAUAUCAGAAAAUUUGUUGAAGAGGUGAAGGCACGAAUACUUCUGGCACUUCUUGAGUAUACAGAUAGCGAGAUACAACUGAGGCGAGACAUGGUCUUCUGUCAGAGCCUAGUGGCCACAGUCUGUGCUUUUUCAGAGCAACUAAUGGUGGCCUUAAAUCAGAUGUUUGACAACAACAAAGAAUAUGAAAUGGAGACACUGGAGGCCAGCAGAAGGUGGUUGGAACAGAUAGCCAGCGCGGGUCUUCUCCUUCAUUUCCAGUCCCUGCUCUCGCCUAACUUGGCUGAUGAGCAAGCCAUGCUAGAAGAUACAUUGGUUGCACUGUUUGACUUGGAAAAAGUUACUUUUUACUUCAGACAAUCAGAGCCAGAACCACUAGUUGCAAAUGUACCCAUCACAUACCAGGCAGAAGGAAGCCGGCAAACCCUGAAGGUUUACUUCUACCUUGAUAGCUACCAUUUUGAACAGCUUCCUCAAAGGCUGAAGAACGGAGGGGGAUUUAAAAUCCACCCAGUACUUUUUUCACAAGCAUUGGAGAGCAUGGAAGGAUAUUAUUACAGAGACAGUGUUUCAGUAGAAGAAUUUCAAGCUCAGAUUAAUGCAGCCUCACUAGAAAAAGUCAAGCAGUAUAACCAGAAACUACGGGCAUUCUACCUGGACAAAUCAAACCUGCCUCCAAAUUCAACAUCUAAAGCAGCUUAUAUAGAUAAGCUGAUGAGGCCUCUCAAUUGCUUGGAUGAACUUUACCGACUGAUCGGGUCAUUUAUCCGAUCCAAGCGCACUGCUGCCUGCGCGUACACUGCGUGCAGUGCUUCCGGAGUUGGAUUGCUUUCAGUGUCUUCCGAACUCUGUAGCAGGCUUGGAGCUUGUCACAUCAUUAUGUGCAACAGUGGAGUUCACCGGUGCACUCUGAGUGUUACCCUGGAGCAGGCGAUCAUUCUGGCUCGCAGCCACGGGCUACCUCCUCGCUAUAUCAUGCAAGCUACGGAUGUCAUGCGCAAACAGGGUGCGAGAGUACAAAACACAGCCAAGAAUUUAGGGGUGAGGGAUCGAACACCACAGUCUGUUCCGAGAUUAUACAAGCUAUGCCAGCCACCACCACCGGUUGGAGAAGAAUGAGGAGGACUGCUUCAGAAAAUAAUCCGAUAAUGGCCUUUAGGAUACGGGGACUGUAUGACAAAAUCUAACUGCACUAUAGCAGUAUGUGCCUGGGGCUUUGCUAAAUAAAACAAACAAACAAACAAACAGCCUUUACUCAGGAUAAAGAAAGAAAUACCCUAAGUAUUCUCCAUUGGCAUUGAAAAAUGGCUUCCAAAAAGCAUUUCUGGAAUCUGUGCACUCCGGCCUUACACUAGUAGAACAGGAAUCUUCCUUGGGAAUUUUACACUGGAAUCAGAUUUAUUUGAUGUGUCUUGUUCAGCCACACAACAGGUAUAGCCAGCAGCUUGAAAACAAAUGUCUUGUUCAGAGAGAAUGACUUCACUUGUCCGCUAUACAGAAUGUGUUUCUGUGGCAGGAAUAAACACCUAGAUAAACUAGGCUUGAUAAUGAGCAUGAACUUCCUAUAGAGCCCUUUGCACUGAUAAUCCCUUUUUUCCUGUCACCAUCAUAAUUUCUCAGAACGAUGACGCUACUGUUUCAAGGAUAUAAUGUAAGUGAGGCUUAAAAAUGGAAAACUCAUCUCAGAAUGGUGUUUAAUGGCUGCAGGCAGACUGCUGCUAUGAAGGUGUUAAUCAGCUUGUAAUCAGUAAACUCAGCCAUGUCUUACGCAGUCUGUUGUCAUACUUCUUUAGAAGGAAUACCUAGAUGGCAUCUGAGGUGGAGUUUUGCCCUUUUUCAGUUGCCGUUAUAAUGAAGGAGAAGCAGCGUGAGUCUGAUCUUCACCCAUAGUUAGACUGAAUUUCAGACUCUGCCUAAGGGAUGUUUUGCAUUAUCGCGCCUCUGCAUUUGAGAGUUUUCCAGAGUUGUGUAUAUUCUUGUAUAGGACUAUACUAGCGAAAGGCGAGGAUGAGGCAGUUUUGCUGUGUUUAACUGGAAAUGCCUGUGGUUUAAGUUGAAGCGUAGUUUGGGGGGUUGAUGUUUUAUGCUACCAUUUCCUGUGUUUUGUCAGAAUGGUUUUGUAUAGCGUUGCAGUUCUUUGGAGUUGGUAAUUGUUAUAGAUUUAUUCUGAAAUUGUACUGAGUAUUUAGAGGGCCCAGGGAAAACGUAUCUGUGUUUGCUGUUCUUUUGUCCAAAAGAAUUUUCAGUUAAAUGCCCCCAAAUGAGGUUUCAUACGUGAACGCAUUAAAACAAAAACUAUAUUCUGAAAUAGUUCUACUUGUAGCGGUAGCUUUGCAUUCUAUUAGAGCAGGACAUAUACUGUCUGAAUAAAAUUUAUUUUUUUGUACAACAGCGAUCUAUAGUUAUGCUGUCCUGUAGCAAUCAAACCUCACAACGUAAUUGUUGCAUAUUAUCUAAUUAUUUAUGAAAUCUUCAACAAAUAUAUUAAUCCACAAUGAAAUGAGAAUUCAAGAUGAGCUGCACUCUUACAGAGAGUGUUUUUUAUAUAGGAUAUCUAGGGGACUUGUUACUUUUCUCCAAAGGAGGAAUUAGAGCUCCUACCUUUUUCAGUAUUCUUAAUGUUUUUACACAGACUUUAACUUUGCUAAGAAAAUAAAUAUUUUUAUAUAUCCACAGAUAUAUAUGUCGGCGCAUAUACGUGAGUUUCAAUAUGUAUAUAUUUAUGUAGUCAUAUCCAUUACCAGUCCAACCUUAAAUAGAGAACGUUUGCCUUAUACUGUGACAAAGACAUGCAAUAACGAACACAUCAGUAACAAUUUCUCCUUUGUGCUUUGAAGUUUACACUCUUUCAUAGUUACUGGAAGCUGUGGGACUAUAAUCUUUUUGAUUAAAAAACAAAACAAAACCAGAAAACAACGUUUUAACUCUCUAGGAACUUACUGUUUUUGUCUAGGAUGACCUAAUGCUUGUACAUCAGAAUGAGCCACGAUUUCUAUCGUUGCUAUUCUAGUCAUAAUCUCAUACUUCUGGAUGUGUUUUAUUCAGAGAGGCAGUACUGGCUAGGGUAAUUCCCGCUCCAGGCAAAAGCGCCAAAAACGUUUCAGUUUCUGCUUGUUCAGACAUCGGGAGUACAGAGAAGCCGUAACCUCCUCAUGCCAAGGAUGGUGCCGGUGUCAGCCCCGGCUGCGAGCUCCCAUCUUCCUGUGAGAUUUGCCCACAGGAGUUUUGCUCUGAGGCAAGUCAGCCCUUAGCUGCGCAGAGCUGCUAAUCCUCUAUAAUACAGAAUAACCUAGAGGACAAAAUCUGUUGCAUGCAUACACGUUAUUACAACUAGUCAUCGCUAUUUUUUUUUAUUGCCUUGAAAAUGGUAGGAGUGCAAAUAUGCCAAAAUAGUCUCCCUGUAUAGUACGGUAGCUGUCGAAUUCAUCUUGUUGUUGAAAGUAAGGGGUAAUAGACGUUUGUUAACACAGAGGGACAAACACUUUCAAGCCAGUCACUGGACCAAAUUCCUUAGCUAGAGUUUCAUGGCUUGACCGCUUGAUUUUGUAUCGAAUUUUUGGUUCUUUAUGCCUUUUUUUCACCUCCAGAGUCAGUUUUCAAAAAUUAAUAUAGCACUAUGAGCUUCACUGGUGACCCAUGCUGCAAAAUAACAUACCUAUUUAGCCUGGCAUCAAAGGGUCUGAGAAACUGAAGCCCUAGUUUUCUGGGAUUACAAGUAGCACGUAAAGAUAGGAUUUCCACGGGGAACUGGGCAUAAAUGACCCACUGACUGUCUAUGGAAAGUGGGUGCCUAAUGUCUCAAUUUCCUUCAAAAGCCAGUGUUUGCUUGAAACACUGUGCGGCUUUUCAAACGCCUUUUCUUGUCCCUCUGUUCUCAGAACACAUUCUAACACAUCUGGCUUCUAAGAACAUUAGAUGGACAUUUCAGAAGUCCAUUCUUAAAUUUAUAGAUUUACAUUUUUGCAUUAAUAAAGCUCUUUAUCUUGUUUGGUAUCUGUAGAGGAUGUAUUUGUUCCUUAUGCAAGGUGCACUUGCAGAGUAAAAAAAAAAAUCCAUUCUCAUCACAGUAGGUUCAUCCUCUCAUAAAUUUUUAGACUUACAGGCGACAAGAAGAGAUGACCAAGAGUGAUGAUUUACAAGAACUGUAACACCCACGGCUUGUUAAAUCUUUGCUUCUACAGCAACAGAUUAUGCAGCCUGUUUUUACAACAAUGUGUUGUACUGGUUUAGGGAAAGCAUUCUGUGUGUUACUUUACUUUUUCAUCCAUGACAAGUGUAAUUCUUCGGGGAAUAAAUUCAAGGAUCUAGAGACAUACAUUACCAAAUACCGACUGCCAUGAUUCAGUGAUAGUCUGUGGGGGAUGUAUAGGAGAUUUAACAGCUCGGAAGGGAGGGUUAAGCGCCAAGGAACAGCUAAGUUGCCAUAGGUUUCAUGUUUGGAGAAAACUUACACUUUGAUUUUAAGGUGGAGCUGAUGAUGUUUUCCUAUCUUUGUAACCAUCAUCUAUGAAUGAUAGGAUGCUAAACAGUCUUUAAUCUAUGAAGUGAGCAUUGAUUCAGUCUAAUUCCCCAAAUUGAGUAUUUUAUAACACCUAUUUUCCUUGUAGAUUGUAAAUUAAUACAAAACCAUCUAUGUUCUGGUUUCUAGAAGUCAAACAUUUUUGUAUUUAGGGAUCCAUUUUAAAGUAAAUAUUCCUGCUAUCAGCUGAACCAACCAACCACUUUUACGUCCAUUGAGAUAGUUGCAAUCUUCAGGGGCACUUUAGAUGGCUUUCACUGGGUUUUAGCAAGAGCAUCAGUAUUUUGUUUGGGUUUUAUUUGUUUGUUUUAAUGUAAUCAGUAGUGGUCAGAACUGCUUUUCUACUGUUUUAGAGCCAAAACAAUUAAACUUAAGUUGAUGAGGAUUUAUCGUAAUCAUACUUCAUUUCAUUGGUUAGAAUCCCCUAAUAGAAAAAAAAGGAACCAGUUUUAUUGAUCUGUUUUUAGCCAGAGAAAUUCACAAGCAAACAAGUGACUUUUCUGUUUUAUUAAUUCAUUGUCGGAUGUAGUGUGUGUGUGUGUGUGUGUGUGUAUAUAUAUAUAUAUAUAUAUAAAAUUGACAAUUGCCUGAAUGUGAGUAUACACAUCAUGGUUAAGCAUGAUACUCAGAAAAUUAUCUUUCAUUUAUUUUCAUUUAAGUUGUGGAAUCGGUAACUGUAGUAUAUAUACAUAUUGUUCCAUACUCGUUACUUCACAGUUACUUCAUGGAUAUGGCUGCCAGCAUUUUACGCAUAUUUUGCACCAUUUUUGUUUAACAUUAUGAAGAGAGUUUCUCAAGCUAAUGCAUUGCCUUAUGUAUUUUAUCUCUGUACUUGUUGAUAAAUGCAGGUAGUGCUUUUCUAAUUGUACUCCAGCAGUACACUGGCAUUGGUAAAUGAGAUGCACAGUACAUACCUGUCUCAGGAUACCUGGAUUUUUCAGCAUUAGGUUUUGAAGUAUAAAAAGAUACUGAACUCAUAUUUUUGUAUGCUGACACUUAUGUAGGGUUUUUUUAUAUAUAAUGUAUAUAUCAAUCAAGUUUUCCUAAAGAAAACGUAUUAUUUGGAAUGUUUCCCUUCUCCUGCUAGAAGACGUGGGGUUAUGUUUUCUUGUUAUGGAUGUAUAAAUGAAUAUACAGCAUGCACAGUCAUGCAGAUGUGAACACCGGCGAGAAGUUUCAGAUUGUCCAGAGGCCAAUCAAGUAGGCAUUUCUUACGUUCUUCUCCAGAAAUAACAUCUCCAUGCUAGAAAUCCUGUAUGGCUAGAAUGGAACUACUUUAGAAACAAUUUUUGCUUCAGUUUGAAAGUCCAAUGGAGUGUUCGAAGUAGCCGGGACAUUUCUGCAAGUACUUCAGUUUGGACUUCCAUGGGAACAUCCGCAACAUCUUUUGUAUGUGUGUGUGUCCUAUCCGUACCAUGCGCCAGAUUUAAGAGACUAAGCAGCCUUAUUAACUUUUUAACACCCUGUAUAUAGUGUACGUAUUUGGUUAUACUUGUGUUACCCUUUAAAAAUGAACUUAAUUUCUGCAUUGAGUAUUGCACACGUUUUUCAAAUGAAGAAUAUAUUGUCUCAUUAAGCACAAGAGAGAAUUACUGCUUUGAAAUAUUAUGGAUAAGUACAGCCAUACACAGAAUCUCUCCGUGAGCUUUUGUUUGAAAACCGUCAAACUAGCAGCUCUGUGGGUAGUUGAGUUUGUUAGAAGUAACCUUAGGAAUUUAAUGUUAAAUAUCCUUGAAACAUGGAUUUAAAUGACUUUUCCCGUUUUUGUAAAGCGCCUGUGUAGCACAUAUAGCAGUUGCCAUGUUGAUUAUGGGUUAAACUAAUACUGUGUACUUUUAGAUCUAGGGUUUAUUUUUUUAGUCCAUGUAUUAAAGACUGGAAAGGUAACAAUGUAGUACAAAAUGUCAGACAGCAAUAAAACCAUUCAUAAUAUGGC